CUGCCUCGCUCUCUCCCAGGAAUGACCGCCUCCUCCUCGCGGUACCUUUUUGCCGAAAUCCCCUAAAUGGGCUUCGUGGCUGGGCCGAGGUUUCCACAGCAACUGGCCAUCCACUUCUCUCACUUCUCUAAUGAGGACAGCCGUGGGGAUUUAACAACGCGGUUCCUCGCUUCUGCCGCUGCUGCCGCUGCUGCCGCCGCCUGUCGUCUCUGAUUUUUGGGCUCGAUCUCAAGACCCGUCCAAAGGUCUGCUCAUGGGGGCGGGCAAGAGCAAGCCGAAGGAGCCCGGGCAGAGGUCCAUGAGCCUGGACGGGACCAUCGGCACCGGCUCGGACAGCGGGCACUUCCACCACCUGGGGCCAGUCAAGCAGACGCAGACCCCCAACCGGAGCCCCGCAGUGGGCACGGGGCGGAGGGGGCACCAAGGGCAGAACCAGCACGUGCCCACCAACACCCCAGAGCUCGCCCUGUUUGGAGGAGUGGACCACACGGGCACGAUCACAUCACCACAUCGCGGGCCGCUGUCAGGGGGCGUGACUACAUUUGUGGCCCUGUACGACUACGAAUCGCGCACAGCCUCCGAUCUGACGUUCAGGAAAGGCGACCGGCUGCAAAUCGUCAACAACACGAAAAAGUACAGCUUCAGAGAAGGAGACUGGUGGCUGGCCCGCUCCCUCACUUCCGGACAGAGCGGAUACAUCCCCAGCAACUACGUGGCCCCAUCGGACUCCAUACAAGCUGAAGAGUGGUACUUUGGGAAGAUCACUCGGCGGGACUCCGAACGGCUGCUCCUCAACCUACAGAACAGAAGGGGGACUUUUCUGGUCAGGGAGAGCGAGACCACUAAAGGGGCGUACUGUCUCUCCGUGCUGGACUACGACAACACCAAAGGCCUGAACGUCAAACACUAUAAGAUCAGGAAGUUGGACAGUGGGGGGUUCUACAUCACCUCCCGUACACAGUUUACCAGCCUGCAGCAGCUCGUCUUCCACUACCGCAAGCACUCCGAUGGGCUGUGCCACGCCCUCACCGAUGUGUGCCCUGUGUCCAAACCUCAGACCCAGGGCCUGGCCCGGGACGCCUGGGAGAUCCCCCGAGAGUCCCUCCGGCUGGACCUCAAGCUGGGGCAGGGCUGCUUUGGAGAGGUCUGGAUGGGUACUUGGAACGGCACAACGCGGGUAGCCAUCAAGACCCUGAAGCCUGGGACCAUGUCUCCUGAGGCCUUCCUGCAGGAGGCACAGGUCAUGAAGAAGCUCCGCCAUGAGAAGCUCGUGCAGCUGUACGCCGUGGUGUCUGAGGAGCCCAUUUACAUCGUCACAGAGUUCAUGAGUCAAGGCAGCUUAUUAGACUUCCUCAAAGGUGACGCUGGGAAGAUGCUCCGUCUGCCUCAGUUAGUUGAUAUGGCAGCACAGAUUGCAGCCGGAAUGGCCUAUGUGGAGCGGAUGAACUACGUGCACCGGGACCUGCGCGCCGCCAACAUCCUGGUGGGGGACAGCCUGGUGUGUAAGGUGGCCGACUUCGGACUAGCUCGACUCAUAGAGGACAACGAGUACACGGCGAGGCAGGGAGCCAAGUUCCCGAUCAAAUGGACGGCUCCUGAGGCAGCUCUUUAUGGCCGUUUCACCAUAAAGUCAGAUGUAUGGUCAUUCGGAGUGCUUCUGACUGAACUGGCAACUAAAGGCAGAGUUCCAUAUCCAGGAAUGGUGAACCGCGAGGUUCUGGACCAGGUGGAGCGGGGGUAUCGGAUGCCCUGCCCAUCAGAGUGCCCCAGCUCCCUCCACGAGCUCAUGCUGUCCUGCUGGAGGAAGGACCCGGAGGAGAGACCCACCUUCGAGUACCUACAGGGCUUCCUAGAGGAUUACUUCACCUCCACCGAGCCUCAGUACCAGCCAGGGGAGAACCUAUAGACCACUGGACCCACCCCACCCUACUCCACCCUACUCCACCCUACCCCCACCCCUGUCCAUCUCCAUCUCCCUCCAAACCCCCAUAUCGGAACGAUGUGCACUAACUAACCUCAGAGGAACCUUGGAGAACUGAAUUAGUCACGGGAUUCCUCUUUGUGCCAUAACAAUACAUCAAACUAUUUAGCAUUUCUUGAAGCAACUCCAUCUUGUCCAGAUAUUUUGGGGAUGCUACAAAUGUUGUGGCUUUAAAAAGGGAAACUUGUGAGGGGAAAAAGAUUACGUUUGCUGUUAUAUUUUUCCGAAGCAAACCAAAUCAGGAUCAAGAAGAGACAAGUCAAAUUCAUGGUUGAUUUCCAUACAAAAACGCAAACAAAACACUGCCACAAUGGUACAAGCCUAUCUGAAUUCUGAUUUUAAGAAUUUCUCAAUCAUUUCUUCUCAAGUGCUGCUUUUUAACUAACAUCAUGAUGGCAUUUCUUAUUUUUGUGGUAUUAACAGGCAUGACAACCAACAACCGUUCAUCUAAUGCUGGGUACUUUUGAGGUUUCUUCUAUCUGCUAUUCCCGGCUUGUAACUCCAUAACGAAAUAAUGCUGGAUCAGAAAUUAAACAUUUUGAGCAGGUAUUCUUUGUACUGCUUUUUUAUUUUAAUUUUUUAACACUGAAAAUAGCACUGCAGUGGUAAAAGGGUGAGUAGUUAGUAAGUUAUUAAUUUUUAUGUAAGCUCUACUAAGAGGCUAUCAAAGACCUAAAAGCAUAUUUUGUUUUUGUGCCAAACGCAUAUCCUUUUUUACAGUUGUUCAUGUAUAUAAUGUUUUCAUAUUUUCUGGUCUGUUUCAGGCAGCGGUCCAAUGUCUCAAAAUGUAUUAUUUUAUUUAUUGCAGGAUAUUUAACUGGUGCCAUUUGAUAAUAACUCUACCCAUAUGAACAGUUGAGAAAAUUGUAUUUGUAUUUUUUUAUAUUUGCAAAUUUGUAAGAAUUUGAAGAUUCUUAAGACGUAUUGCAGUAUUAAUGUUAGCAUUGUUCACAAGGCCUAAGAAUAUUUAAAUCUCGUUAACUAAAUUAUGUGGAACUUGUUGAAUCAAAUCAAAUUAUAAAGCUAUAUAAUAUGAAGCUAUACAAAAAAUGCAACUAUCAACCACACAUUGAAGAAUAGGCCCAUGCAUUUUAAUAAAUUGUUAUCUAGUCUAAUAGUCCACGGUUAGAAACUGCUUCUAGACUAGAUCUAUAAACUAUUCAUAUGAGUAGACAUCAACAUGGUACCAAUAGACCCACUGGUUAAUAUUUAUACUCUAAUAUUAUGCAACCAGGCUGUCCCAGUGAAACUGUAAAACGUCCGAAUCAGGUAACCCUAAUAUACUGUGUCUAGGAGAGAUGUUGUUAGCCAGUUAGCAUGCUAAUUGUGCCGUUAGCCAUUGGCCAACUUAUUGUAUUACGCUGUGCUUUUUUACAUCCAUGUGUUUCCAUAGGGUGAAGAGAGAAGACGGCAAAAGACAUAUCGUAACGUUCACUAUAUAGUUUAGUUUUUGCACUCCAAUCACUUAGCACUGUACAUAAUGGUCAUUUAUCAACUUGGGUUGCACCACUUUUUCAAAAAAUAAUUUUUUUUAUUUAUUUUUUUUGUUAGCUGGAUUCAACAAAUUCAUAGGUUUAGUUGGACACAAAAAAUAGAUUUAGGACAAAAUUUAGGACAAAAAUGAGCCAUGCAGCAAUACAUAAUAGAAUUUAGCCACACAAUCUGAAAAAUGCUAACUAAUUAAUUACUAAUAUGGAUGCAAAGAGGUUUUCUGAUGGGGCUUUGAAAAGAUAAUGGACAAAGAUGUAAAUAGUAUUAUGGAGAAAUGACUGUGACGAUCAUGUUUUUGUAAAUUUAUUUUGUUUUAUUUUCUCAAAUGCCACCACAACUACGUGUUCACUGGAUAACCUACUGCUUUUCAAUACAGGGCUCACUAUAAUAUAGGCCUCACUAUAAUAUAGGCCUAAAAAAAGUUUACUGUGACUAGAUAAAGUGCAAAGUUACUGGCUCGUUUUACUGCUAAUAGCCACAAUUUAGCUAGUUAAGUUUUUGUUUGUUACUUUUCCUGUUAUGAAAGACAUUUCAAGGAUUUUUGACAACUGAAAAACUAUAUAGGCACACUGUGUUGGCAAGUAGGGUUAGGGCUCUAUUUAUAGGAAUAAAGCAAAAAAUGAGUACAUGUGUUGCAUAUAAAUGCAUGUUUGACCUCGUGUCUCAUAGCUAAAUCAACAAUAAUUGGACAAUGGUACCAUGUUUGAAUUUUUCUUAAUCUAACUGAUAUGCAUAUAAACCAAUUAAACUCAUUUUGGACUAAAAGGUUUACUUUUUAAUGACCUACAAACUGUAUAUUUACAUACUUUUAAGAGACCCUAUAUUGUAAAGCAGUCGUUUUUUAUGCUAAGAAUAAAUUAGGGCUAACGCAAUGUUACUUUUUAAACCUCAACUUUAAAAUUUUAACCCUUGCAAAAAGUCUUUUUUCAGAAAAUGUUACUCACUUUUGUUCCUUGUUUAGUUGGGAAUACCCUUUUCGUCCACACUGUAAGUCACUGGGAUAUUGUGGAAGUGGCUAUACUCAUAACUAUGAGUAAUGCUGAUUUGGUUUUCAGUGCCAUAAAAAAAACAAACUUAUUUUGACAUUUUUUUCAACAUUUUUCAGAAGUGUUUUUGGAAAUCUAUGCAGUUUCGCUCUGGCAUUCCUGCAACGUUAUGGCCAUUUUGUUCAAAAAGUCAAAACACAAUUGUUCUAAAGAAGAUGGUGUGUGUUGAAGCAUUUUGUAAGAACUUCUUAUUUUCGUCUUGGGUUUUGGUGUAACAGGACUGAAAAUGGGUAUUGUGCCACUUUAUGUUGAUCUUUAAAUGUGCAAUAAAUUAUAUUUGAACAGUGUUUUUUGAUAA